GCUGAGGGGAGCUGUCAGCGCGCGGCGGAACAGACUUGCCGGAGCUCCGCGCGGACUGUCGGGUCCCGACCGAGCAGCAUGGACUAUCUGAGCCCAGAACUUUCCCCCUGAGAGCGGAACCGAGCCCGGGCAGCAGGAGCGGAACCGCGGACAUGGCUGUGGACGCUGCCUCCAGCUUUAGUUUUUGCCGUCCUGCUGUGGAGUAUAAGGCUCUUCCAGAGGAUUUUAAGUACCAGUUGAGCCGCUGUACCGGUGGAAACCUCACCUGGCACGAGGGCCGCGGGCACAAGACAGCAGGGGGCCGCACUGUCAAGCUGCUGCAGCAGCCCGGAACUGAAGGCGUGCAGCUUCGCACAGGAGAAUCAUACUCCGUUUACCACACCAGUCCCACUCUGCCCAGCCUGUCCAGACCAGUGGUUCUGUGGUCUCAACAGGACGUGUGCAGGUGGUUAAAGAAACACUGUCCUCACAACUACUUGACCUAUGUGGAGGCCUUCUCCCACCACGCCAUUACAGGCCGAGCUCUGUUGAGACUAAACGGCGAGAAGCUGGAGAGAAUGGGGCUGGUGCAGGAGACUCUCCGCCAGGAGCUUCUUCAGCAGGUGCUGCAGCUUCAAGUGCAGGAGGAGGGCCGCAACCUCCAGCUGCUCAGUCGAGGCUCUUUCAGGAACCUGUCAUAGCCCCAGCCAUGCGUGGGCACCUCUCCCAGGCUCAGUGCGCUGCAAGAGGGCAUCCAGGCAUGUGGGGAAGAAGCGAAGAGGCUGCAGUGAGAGACCUCUGGAUUUAGACUGUCACAGGCCACCGGGGGAGGCACCAGCGUAAGCUUUCAGCUUUAGCAGCUCAACCUCCUUCUCCAUCUCAAACCAAGAGGAACAGCGGAGAAGAAAACACUGAAUCUGUAACAGCAGGCAGAAUAACAAAGACUCUAACCUGAAUCUCCGCUUGCUCUCUGUGUUGUGCCCUAUUCUAUAAUGUAUAAUGUAGCCUCCCUGUGAGGAACAAGGAUCCAGCACUCUAACCGGCAGAGCUGGGAGGCAGGAGUAUUCAUGUAGGGCUGUGUGUAUUGGGAAGAUUUUGGCGAUAUGUUAAUGUGUAUCACGAUACAUAUAACAUAAUAUAUCACAAUACUGUAAGCAAUUUUUGCAAUCAAAUUUGAGAAAAAAAAAACACUAUCAAAUUCAUAAAAUCUGGGGCUCCAUAUGGUCCAGCAGGGUAAGUGCUGUCUCUAUGUUCAGGAAAUCACCGGUUCGAAUCCUCUUUAUGUAGCUUGCCAUCAGCUACCAAAGCCCUGAGAGAGCACAAUUGGUCUUGCUCUCUCUGGAUGGGUACAUGGCGCUCUCUCCCCACAUCGCUCCAAAGGGUGAUGUCGCUCAGCAAGAGGCAUCUGUGAGCUGAUGUAUCAGAACCGAGUUGCUGCCCUUCCCUCUGAGUGCGCUGUGAUGCUACUUGGCAAUGCUGCAUCAGCAGCAGCUCAAAAAGAGGCAUUGGCUGACUUCACAUGUGUCUGUCUUCCUUGUGUUGGGGCAUCACUAGUGAUAAGGGGAGUCCUGGUGAAUGGGAUCGGUAAUUGGCUGUGUAAAUUGGGGAGAAAAUGGUAUGAAAAUUUGAGAUAAUAUUAUAAAAACAAAAAAAUAAACUUUUUAUCUAAUCAGAAGAGUGGGAUGUAACAACACUGUACAACACUGCCCUGAAUGUACCACUUCUGACACCAAUCUUUACAACUGUAAAUUAAUAUUUAUAAAUCAAUACCGUGUUUUUAAAAACUGAUACAGUAUUGCAGAACAAAAACUAUUGCGAUACAAUAUGUUAUUGACGUUUCUUACACCCACAUUUUCAUCCUAGCCAGUUGGAGCCGGCUUCCUUUAAAGAAAUAAUGACUGUUGUUUUUUCCGUGCCACGUCAACAAGUACUUUUCUUUUGGCCACAAAGAACUGUCGGUAUGUGUUUUGACACUUCACACAAGAACCCAGUGUACAAGUGCAGAAACCCCCAGAGAGACAAGUGUCAGUUGGGAGGCGGAUGGAAGGAGAUGACAGACUACAUAGAGCGCAAUCGUCCAAAAAUGAAGCACAAGCCCAGGCUUGCCUGGCAGAGGCACCACAUCCGACCAGAUAAUGUCAGGUUUAUAGUGUAUUAGAGCACAAUGGAAUAAAGCGGCAGUGCAAACAAGCUCAUUAGGGCAGGGCUUCCAUUGUUCAGAGGCUGUCGCUGAAUGAAUGCUUUGGAUUAGAUUUGGCUAAAUGAGUUUAUUAAACAUGGCUACACACAGUGCAGGAAGUUAAUACACUCUUAAAUAAAAAAAUAAAAUAAAGGUGCAAAAAAUAAAGGCUUCUGUGGAGUGCUUCCAUAGAAGAACCUCUCUGGGUUUUAAAACAUUUUUGUAUUAAUAUUAAGUGUAUUAAUGUGCAGAAUCUUUUUAAAAAUUUGACAAACCUCCUCAUAAUGCAAAGCUUAUUAGAUUAGUUCAUGUUUUUCUGUUACCACACACCCAAAAACCAGUUUGGAGACUUUAUAAUGUACAUAUGUUACAGGCCAUUUUUCACUUUUGUGACAUGGGAACAUUAUAGGAAUUCAACAUUACAUAAUGGGUAUGGUCACACCAUGCAUACUGAACAUUCACUGCUUCAUAAUGGCUUUUUAAAAGCUACUUCCUUCUUUUUGAAUUCCUUUCAAAGCCAAGUCAUGCUAAAGACAAUUAAAACCAGAUCUGUAAAAAAUGCAUUGUGUAAUGGUUAUAAUACUAUACUACAAGUACUACAAGUAGGGAUGUCCUGAGACAAGCAGGUUAUUUUGUCCAAUUCAAUUAGAGACUCUUAAUGCUGAGCUUCCAUAAAUGUGGUGGUGAAAUAAAAUCACUUUAUGUUUAGUAAAAGUUCAUAUAAUCAAACAUUCUGUGGACUGAUAUGAAAUAACUGUUAUAUAGUGAAGUGAGUGUGCUAUGAUUUGGGAGUUCUAUAGAAUGUGUGUAUAUUAGCAUCAGUGUUAACCUCCACUCGCUUAUAAAUGUACUAUUCAGUGGUGGAUUAAAACAAAGAAUUGUAUGUAGUCUUCCUGACAGUAAAAAAGAGUGUUUAGGUGAAAAUUAUUUUCAGAUAUUAUGUUACGUUUCAUUGCUCCAAUGUAAAAUAUUUCCAUGCUGCAGUCUCUAACUAAACUCAUUAAUUUACCCUCUGAAUACUCUCCUCAGUGCCGCCGGCUGGGCAGUAAUUUCUGUUAAUGGCACUUUGAGGACACCAGAUGACUCUCUUAACACUGUGGAUGUAAUAUAGCUUUAAAACUGGACUGGAAUUAAAGUAGCCAAUACACAAUCCAUUAAAAUAUACCUGGAUUGGACCGGGACAUCCCUAAAAGCAAGUGUUUUUACUGUAAGAAAUGUGUGAAUAUAAUGUAAUAAUCUGUCUAAAAGUACAUCUCAGGCUUUUUACUUUCAAAAAUAUUAAAAAAUGUACAUCUGUACUGACUUUCACCCUGAGGACAUGUCCCAACGCCCCACUUAAAUUGUUUCACAUUGUGUAUAUAUGCAUUCCUUUCAUAUGACACUCUAAAAAUGUAAAUAAAGUGCAUUAUUAUUGAA